CAAUUAUUUAUUUUGACAAUAUAGAAAGUUAAACAUUUAAUGUUUACUUUUUUGGUUAGUUUUUGAAACAGACAAACUCAGAAUUGUUGAAGUUCAUUGAUUAUACACAUACAAUUCAAUGAAGGAAUAAUCUACAGUAUGUAGUUAUCUGCAUGUCUCAUCCAUGGAGAUGCAACAAUGGAGAACAAGCUAUUGGGGGUUUUGAGAACCAGAACUGACUGAACAAUUCAGCUAUAGGGUGAGCCCCUUAUUAAUAUGCCUGCAAGUGAGGAAUGAAAAAAAAAAAACGUCAAAUUCACUCAUCAUUCCAUGAUCUAAUUCACUAUCUCAGUUAAAAUUAAGUAGGCUACAAAUGGUAUUCAGUUGUGUUGUAGGCACAGUCCAGUACAUUAUAGUCCAGUACAUAAAUAAUUAAGAUUGCUGGCCCCAGCCUGGCCACCCCUAUGAAAAAAUCCUGGCUCCGCCACUGUAAAGCUACUCUUUGGGUACAAAGACAAUUUAGGAAAUACUGCCAAAAAGACAUGAACUUAUCACCAAAAACAGCCUCUAGCAUUUCAUAUGUAUCAAGUAUGCUUCUAUUUUGUUUAUGACACCUAUGUAAUUCUUUCUGUGUGUUUUUAAAUGUUGAUUACAGGUAAAAUGAAAGAAAAUCUACCUCAAUUACAGAAAGUGUCUACUGUUUGGUAUGGUUGUGAUGGAUGAAUGUUUGUCAGUAUUUUGGUGAAAAAUUGAUUUUUGUAAAAUGUACAGCUUUUGAACUAGUAAAGUUAAAUUUUUAGAGUUCUGAUUAAAAUUCCUAAAAACUUGAGAACAAAAGGGCCAUACGGACACUAUGCUAAUUACAUGCAAGAACAGGAGCACAGGGCGUAGGACCCGCCCAAAACCAUAUCGGAUUGGCUAAAACAUCUGGAAAGGCGGAACCAACAAACUGUUUAAAAUACGAUGCCGCGCAUUGGAUUUUUGCUUUCACUUUCAAGUGCGCCUUUUCGUCUUGGCCUUCGCUGAGUCGACGGACCGACCAUCAUCCUGAUUGCACGAUCAACUUCUUCAAGAAUUCACUCAAAGCCUGCAAGAACCUUCGUUGAAAUUCACAGACAAAAGUCUUUUGUUCCAGCACCUUCUUGAGACGGACGUCGUCCUUCAGAAGUCUUGACUGAGCCACGCCGCUUCCUUCAACUCCGUCACGAAGGGAAAACUGCGUUUACAGGAGCAGCCAACACAAGUCAGUGCUGUAGCAAUGCAUCACCUCCUUUCCAUGUUUUUACUGCUAGCCAUUAUUGGGCAGCAUGUGAGCGUUCAGUUCCCAGGAAGACAUUACAAAUCAGUGUUGACCGUGUCUAACGGAAUGUCCUGGGGGUCGUGGGGUCAUCAGGACAUGUGUCCAACUGGAAUGUAUGCUGCAGGAUUCAGUCUGAGGGUGGAAAGUCAUGUCUCUGGUGAUUUUGAUGAUACAGCACUCAAUGGGAUUCGUCUUCACUGUGUAUAUUGGUCCAGAGUAUCAGAAGCAUAUGCUGUGUCCAACGCAGGACACUGGGGUGAGUGGACAAAUAUCAAGUGGUGUCCUUCUGGAUUCUUAAAGGCUUUCCAGCUGAGAGUCGAACCUUCCCAAGGAAAGGGUGAUGAUACGGCCGCAAACAACAUCAUGUUCAGCUGCAGUGAUGGUGUUGUGCUGACGGGUGACGGCACAGGCUGGGGUAAUUGGGGCAACUGGAGCCCAGUGUGUGAUGGAAGAGGAAUCUGCGGCAUCAAGACGCGGGUAGAAAAUCCACAGGGGAAUGGAGAUGACACCGCUCUCAAUGACGUGCAAAUGUACUGCUGUGAUUAAGGUGUAGGAGGAUGACAACAAGAACAGCAAGAAGACCAAAUGGAUUGUCAUAACUGAUCAUCAUACUAUGAUAAUCUAACAUGAACCAUGUCAUAAAACAGUUUUGUAAGGGAUAAUUCACAUUUGCACAAAACAAAGAAUCUGCCAAGAUGUCAUCGGACCACCCCACUGGAUGUACGCAAAGACAUGAUUGCACAUUUCUCAGUAAAGACGAAGACAGGGCACUGCAGAUGCUGCAAUAAUGGAUACACAAAUACACUGUAGCAAGUGUAGCAAUGUUUGUCUGUGCUUCUCAGAUAAAAAGAACUUA